AUGUCCCCUUCGGACAGGGGAACAACUUCUGCCGCGCUGAUUGCUCUCAGUGGCCACGUUGGCGAGCCAGGUGGUGAAGAAGCAGAAGGCAAUGAGGGUUUCGUGGUGGUAUCUACAAACAAGUUGUCAGUAAAGUACACCAGCGUCAACCUUCACGGCCACAAUGUCAGUGUCAUUCAGGCAAACAAGCUUGCUCCUACCCAGCGCCUCAUGUACUAUUUCAAGAUUCAUGUCAAGGAUGCCAACGUUCAAGGCCAGAUAACAAUUGGAUUCACUUGUGAGACCUUCAACAUGCAAAGACAACUAGGGUGGGACGCCAAUAGCUAG